AUGAAGACGACCAAGGGGGGCAAGGUGAUGAACCCCACCGACGCCUUCCGCAAGGAGCAGCGGAAGAAGGAGCUCAAGCGGAACAAAAAAGAAAGGAAGAAGGUGCGGGAAGUUGGUAUUUUGAAAAAGGAUCCAGAGGCUAUACGGGAGCAGAUUGAGAAAUUGGAGAAGAUGAAGGCUGAUGGUGCUCUCGACAAGGCUAGGAAACAUAAGAAAAGACAGCUUGAGGAUACGUACAAUCUUAUUGUUAAGAAACGAAAGGAAUAUGAACAGAAAAUGAAAGAGAAGGGUGAGCAACCGAUUAUGUUCAGCCAUCUUGCACCACCAAAGAGUCGGCCUACAGCAGAUGAAGAUGAUAGAGCUAAUCUUAAGGCCGAGGACUCUGUUUACUAUCAUCCAACCUUAAAUCCAUCUGGAGCGCCGCCACCUGGAAAACCUCCGAUGUACAAAUCAUCUAUAGGACCAAGGAUCCCACUGCCUUCCUCAUCCAGCACCGGGGCCUCAUCUUCCAUGUCAGAGUCUGAAGCAGGUCCAUCGACCCUACCACCCCCUCCACCGCCACCACCAUUGCCAGCCACCUCAGAGUCCAUUGAUCCAUCUGCUCCUCCUUUCCCUUUGCCUCCACUCCCACCACCGCCCCCACCACCACCUAAACCUAACAGUGACACAGCACUACCAGGAUUACCUCCGCCACCUCCGCCUCCUCCUGGCCCACCUCCGAGAGAACCUGUAUCAGGUCAUACAGUACCUCCACCACCUCCACCCCCAUCAAAUCCACCACCAGCGUCUAGUGCAAAUGAGAGCAAAACAAAUUCUGCUCAGCCCUCAGUUGUCCUGCCUCCACCACCCCUGCCACCUGGUUUGCCACCAAAAUCAACUGACAUGGAGGCCGCUAGCACUUCAAAGGACACUCCUGGACUUAAAGAAGAUACUGCAGCGAGGGUCUUGCCACCACCGCCUCCACCCAGUUUGCCACCUUUACCUCCAAGGCCUCCAAUGCAAUCUGAUAUGCUAGCUCCUGGAGUCAUGAGAUUUCCACCUCCUCCGCCACCACCAGAUUCAAGGCCACCGCUUAUGGCUCCUGGAGUUAACAGGCCCCCUCCACCUCCUCCAGGAUUUCCCCCGUCUCAAAUGCCAAUGCCACCGUAUGGUGUGCUCCCUGGUCCGCCACCGAUGCUUCGGCCUCCAUUUUUGCCAGGACCCCCUAUGCAACUAGAUGAGUUUGCUGCCUUCGCACCACGGCCUCAGUUACCUCAGCAGCCAUCAUAUGUGAAGUCAGCUGCCCCAACAGUUGUAAAGAGACCAUUAGCACAACACACUCCUGAGCUGACGGCUAUGGUUCCUGCAUCAGUCCGGGUCAAGAGAGAAUCUGCUCUCCCCAAACCGAAACCAAAGGUGCAGCAGCAGCAGCAGUCAUCAACAGCAUCCAUUUCAAAGCCUUCGGUGACCCUCAUAAGAAGUGAUGCUCAGCCUUCUUCAGCAGCACCAAAGCCGCCAAGUAUGGAUGACUCUUAUAUGGCAUUCUUGGAAGAUAUGAAGGAACUAGGGGCACUUGAUGGGUAA